GGGCCGACAACCACAAGCCCACAUCUCAGUCUAAAAUAUCGCCCAAAAUUUCACCCAAAAUCGGAAGUAGCAGAAGAUGAACGGAUUAAGUCGUCUCAAUUCGGCCAAUCACCUCUCCGCCGCAGCCGCCGCCGUAUAUCCGAAACGGUUGCUCAGAACAAGUAUCGGUCACUCCUCUCCCGCAGCGACAGCUGGAAUUAGUGACACCCGCAAUAGUUAUGUGAGAAAAAGGGGGAAAAAGCUGAAGGAGCUCUCGAGGAGUGUGGUGAUGCUCACUUGCGAUUCAUCUGUAGACGGUGGUGUCUGUAAUGUUUAUUUGGUCGGAUCCAAUCACGCUUCUCCGAAAUCUUGGGAAGAAGUUAGGGCAACGGUGCGAUUCUUGAAACCAGAGGUUGUUUUCCUAGAAUUUUGCUCUAAUCGCGAACAUAUUCUUAGGCGUGAAAAAAUUAAGGUUCCGACCAUAAUGGAAAUGGUGGAAAUGUGGAAAAAAAAUAAUAAACUUUCUUGGAUUCUUUACAGGUGGUAUUUUGCUAAGCGUGUGAGUCGAUUUGAAGUUCCAGAUGAUGGAGAUUUUCUGGCAGCAUAUGAUGAAGCCAAGAAAUAUGGUGCCAAGGUUAUACUGGGCGAUCGACCACAAGAUAUUACAGAUCGGAGGUAUAUUGCCAAGACGUCUAUUUGGCAAUUUCUCACCGUUCAAAUUGAAGGAAUUCCCAUGAAUUUGCCAAAUGAUAUUGUGGAGAAGGUGAUAUACGGAAAGUAUGAUGCUCAUGCGGUCCAUCGAUAUAAUCAAGAGAUGGCCAAGAGCGAUCCUGCUUGGGCAGAAAUAUAUAUCCAUGAGCGUGACCUAUAUCUGUCGGCCAAGAUACUAGAUGUUGCCCGUAAGCAUAAAUCAGUGGUAGCCGUCGUGGGAAUGGGCCAUGUACCAGGAAUCCAGAAGAACUGGAAACAACCUGUUGACGUACAAAAUCUACGCCAUUCAUUGACUACUUUGCCCUUCAAAAUUCUCUACUGGAUGUUCACUUUCCACAUAGAAUUAAUCAUGCUUUCUUUACUUUAAUAUAUGCCACUGUUCUAACUCGUUAGGAUUGAUUGUUUAACGUUGUUAUUGAUUCCAAAUAUAUCCAUCUUAUGGAACUUUAUGUUGUUGAAUGUCUCAGGUGGAGCAACUUCUUACCAUACCAAAUUAAAAAAAGACAAUAUCAGUGGGCAAGAUAAGUUCUAUCACGGGGGUUGCCAUAAUUUAUGGCAUUUAUCUCUCCAUCAAGAACUAGCGCUCUGCAUUCCAUGAGAACUCAUAGCUUAGCUUGGAUGAAAACUGCUACAACAAUGACGUUGUUGCCGUCGUAAAUCUCACUUAGAAUUUCGCCUAUUUGAGCUUGUCGAAAAUUAAAUGUCAGUUCUCUGCAUAUGUUUAUUCUUGUUCAUUUAUUAUGUGUGCUCGCCUAUUUGAGCUUGUCGAAAAUUAAAUGUCAGUUCUCUGCAUAUGUUUAUUCUUGUUCAUUUAUUAUGUGUGCUUGAUAAGUUUGAGAUGUGGGUCUAUUGACAUCAAUGGCAAUUUUUUCAAUUCCCCACUU